AUGGUCGCCAUCAGUAAACAGCGACAAGAGGAUGUCUCUGACCCCAUGCUCACUGGUCUCCUCAAGGACGACCAUACCCCAUGGUACCGCAAGCGGAACCUUCGCUCCCUAUAUCUGAUUCUUUUCCCUGCCUCGAUGGGAAUUGAGAUUACGUCUGGCUUUGAUUCACAGAUUAUCAAUACGGUGCAGAUUGUACCCUCGUGGAACAAGUACUUUGGCUCUCCAACGGGCAAUAUCAAAAAUGGAAUUCCGGAAUAUGCGAUUGAUCCUUCAUUGAAAGGAUUCCUUGGAGCUGCAUAUUCGUUGGGGGCAAUCUGUGCUUUGCCGUUCAUUCCCUGGGUGAACCAGCGAUUUGGAAGACGAUGGACUAUAUUUAUUGGAUCGAUGAUUAGUCUUGUCGGUGCUUUGAUUCAGGGAUUUUCCAACGGCGUGGCAAUGUAUAUCAUUGCCCGUCUUCUCCUCGGCUUUGGUAUCCCCUUCUGCAUUGUAGCAGGCUCCGCGUUGAUCGGUGAACUGGGCUAUCCCAAGGAACGGCCCAUCCUAACGUCUCUUUUCAAUUCAUCGUAUUUCAUAGGCCAAAUCGUUGCAGCCUCUGUUGGACUAGGGACGGUGACUAUUGCCGGAAACUGGGCUUGGAGAAUCCCUUCAUUAUUGCAAAUUGCGCCGGCAUGCAUUCAAAUUGCAACUGUUUUCUUUCUGCCUGAGAGCCCCCGUUAUCUCAUCAGCAAAGACCGCUACGAGGAAGCCCAGGCAAUCCUGGUCAAAUACCAUGCCGAGGGCGACGCCAAUUCGCUCUUCGUCAAAGCCGAAAUGGCCCAGAUAGAGAAAUCCAUCAAACUGGAGAUGGAAGAUUCCAAGCAGAGCUGGCUUGAUGUGUUCAAGACAUCUGGGAUGCGGAGGAGGUUGUUCAUUACGGCUUUCUUGGGUCUGUUCACGCAGUGGAGUGGGAAUACUUUGAUUACGUACUACUUGAGCGAUAUACUCAAUCUCAUCGGCGUCACAGACAGCGUAGUCAAAUCCAAAAUCAACAUCGGCAUCGCCUGCUGGGGUCUAGUCACCGGAACAACAGCUGCCCUGUUGGCACCACGGUUCAGACGAAGACCAGCCUAUCUCUUGAGUGCUUGUAGUCUAUUAACCGUCUAUAUCGCGUGGACCAUCUCCAUGGAGAGGUUCAUCGAUACGAAGAGCCAUGCUGCUGCCAUACUAACCAUUUUCUUUAUUUUUGCCUAUUCUCCGGCUUAUAAUAUUGGAUAUAAUGCUUUAACGUAUACAUACCUUGUUGAAAUAUUCCCCUAUACCAGCCGUUCGCGCGGUAUCUCUUGGUUUCAAUUCUACGGCCGCGGCGCAGCAUUCUUUGCAACUUAUACAAACCCCAUCGGACUGGCACGUAUUGCUUGGAAAUGGCUGAUAGUGUAUUGCUGUUGGCUGGUCUUUGAAAUUGUUUUCAUUUACUUGUUUUUCCCCGAAACGGCGGGAAGGACCUUGGAAGAGCUUUCGUUUUUGUUCGAGGGAAAAGAAAAGGCGAAUGAAGUCGCAAAUGCGGCUGCGACUCAGAUUUUUGAGGGCGCCGAGAAGAGAACUAUGGACGCCGCGCAUGUUGAGGUUGUGGAUGAGAGAAGAGCUGUAUAA